CAGAUUUGCACUCUACGAAACUUACCAGCAAUAAGGUUUCAAUAAGCUCUCACAAAAAGUGUCAAGCUCUUAGGGCUCUGACUAGAAGUAUAGACCAGGAAAUAGAAAACACAAAAUGGUGAUCAGCUACCUAUUUCUGCUGCUUCUGUUACACCGCACGAUGACUGUCUUGGGCGCGAAUCGCAUUGUGAAUGGAUAUUCCAUCGACAUACGGGAAGCACCUUGGCAGGUAUCGAUACAGAAAAAUGGGGUUCACUUUUGUGGUGGCUCAAUUAUGAGCAGUAAGGUAAUCGUAACUGCUGCGCAUUGUUUGAAGAACAAGGAAUCAAGAAUAUUAAGUGUACGAGCUGGAUCUAGGUAUUGGAAAAAUGGUGGCCAGGUUGUGGAGGUAGCGGAAAUAAAGAUUCAUAAUGCCUAUCAUGCCAAAAAACAUCUUCAUGACAUUGCUCUUAUGCGAUUGGCCAAGCCGAUAAGACUUGGAAGCAAUGCACAGAAGAUUUCUUUUGCCUCGAGUGUACCAAGUGAUGGAGCAAAAGCCUUUGUUUCAGGUUGGGGUUUUCUCGAGGCGAAAACAACAAAGCGCCCGUCGAUCCUGCAAGAGGUGAAUCUUCGUAUAAUGAAUUAUAGAAAAUGCCAAAAGACCAACUAUGGAAAGAAUGGUUAUUUAAUCAGCAGGCAAAUGAUUUGUGCCGUUCUACAUACCAACGACGCAUGUCAGGGUGAUUCUGGUGGCCCAUUGGUCUCCAGAAAUCAACUUGUUGGUAUUGUCUCUUGGGGUAAGGGAUGUGCCUCAAAAGGAUAUCCAGGCGUGUACACGAAUGUUGCAUAUUAUAACAGUUGGUUAAAGUCCGAAAUUCAAAAACUGGAUAUUAAGGAUAACGAUAACACAUCACCUAAUUGUUAAAAAUAUAAAAAUAAAAAAUUUAGCGAUUUAUUAAAAUACUUGUG